UUGGGGUAAACCGUGAAAAUUUUUCGGCGCACGAAUCUACUUCAUUCUCUUCGCGUGAAAGAAAAAAAAUUGUGAAAUUUUCUUCGCUUCCAGGCAUUGAAAAAAGCCCAAAAUUGUAGAGAAAUUCCUUUUGAAAGGUGGUAAGUGGACAUUUGGGUGGUGCAAGGAAGAGAUUUCCAUUGAAGAUUGGACAAGAAAUCAAGGGAGGGGCUGUGUUUUUGAAACUUGUAAACGCGUGUGCGUCUGGCCCCUCAGAGAAAGAGAAUUUAGUUCUUUUUUUUUUCAUUCAAAAGGGAACUCCACAAGGCAAAUAGAGCGCCCCCCAUUUGACCCCGUAAUCCCCCCUUUUGUUUCGGGACUGUGUACAACACAGUAUGUUGAUGAAGAAAAAUUCCCUUUGAAAUUUAAAGGUCCACAAAAGACAAAAAAAUUAUUUGCGCCAUUCCGGGGAAUCCUCUGUGUGUGUCCGGAAGGUGAAAACGGGAUUGUUAGAAGAUUCACAGGGCAAGGAAAACUUCUCGUAUCAGGUGGAUAGAACGCAAAACAGCAAGAAAUGUCAUCAAGUACCCGUGUAAAGUUGCCCAUUGGCUCAACAUCAGCUGGCACAUCGAGUAAAUCCAAUGUUUGCGCCUACUAUGCAAAAGGUAUGUGUCGCUUUGGGGAGUGCUGCCGUUUUGCCCACAUUGAUCCACCUGCGGAUGAUGCAGCCGACGACCAUGAAGCACAUCCUGUUGCUGGGACAUCCACUGCAGCAGGACCCCCCAUUAAUCCAGAUGAUCCCCAGAGUUGGGUCCUGGCACCGGUCUUUGUGCCAAAACAACGCAUUGACACAGAGAAACUCUCCUAUGCUGAGGUGUGUCGUGACCCCAAUAUGAUGGAGGAGGAGGAAUUUGCUGCUGCUGAAGCACCCCUUGUUGUCACCCAACCAGAAUUGUGUCCCUAUGUGAAGAUUAACGAUGAAUUCGGCAUGUGUGCCUACGGUGAUGCCUGCGUGUACGCUCAUGGGGAUCUGUGUGAUCUCUGUGGCCAAUUCUGCCUUCAUCCCACAGACGAGGAACAGCGCAAAAAUCACAAUGUACAGUGCAUUAGGCAGCACGAGAAAGACAUGGAGCUGUCCUUUGCCAUUGCGCGCUCAAAGGAUAAACUCUGUGGCAUUUGCUUCGAGGUGAUAAUGGAAAAGUCCGGGCGUGAUCAGCGAUUUGGUAUUCUGCCCAAUUGCAAUCACAUCUUCUGCCUCGAAUGCAUCCGAAAGUGGCGACAGGCCAAACAGUUUGAUAACAAAAUUAUUCGAUCCUGUCCCGAAUGUCGAGUAGCGUCAGAUUUUGUCUGCCCCAGCACCUAUUGGGUUGACACCCAGGAGGAGAAACUGAAACUCAUUGAGGAAUAUAAAGCAGCACUCAAUGCUAAAGACUGUAAAUACUACAAAAAGGGAAGUGGAUCUUGUCCAUUUGGCAACAAAUGCUUCUACAAACACGCAGACAGAGAUGGAAAGUUGGUUGAUUUGGGUGCACCAAGGCGACGAUUUGUCCAAUCUGGAACACAUCCUAAUGAAUUGGAAAUUCUACAGCAAUUGAUAUUUUGGGACUUUAUCGAGGCAUAUGAAGUAGAUUCAAACUUAUCAGAUAGCGAUGAUUCCGAUUGGUCUGAAUAUUUGUAUAAUAUUCAAUAAGGACAAAACACACACAAACACACGAAAAGAAAAGUAAAAAAAAGGGAUAAAUUGUGUAUCGUCGAAAUCAUUAUUUUUGUGAUUUUUUUUGCUAUUGGAAACGGCAUCAUCUUUCUUUUAAAAACAACCUACCAACCAACUUUCUUCGAAACCAACAAAAAAAUAAAUGCUUCAUUUUAGGAAAGAGAAAAAAAACACAUUUAGGAUGAAAAAAAAUUUUGAUUUUCUUUUACUUUGAGAGAAUUUUUGUAGACCUAGAGAGACACGCCCUAAUAAUGGACAAAUUUUAUAAUUCAAAAAAAAAAAAAAAACAAAGAAAAACUCUUAAAAAGAGGUGAAAAAAAAUAAAGAAGGCGGCACAGAAAACAAAUUAUUAACGCAGAUCUCUCAGAAUUUGAAAACAAACAAAAAAAUCUAUAUAUGUAUUAAACAAAAUGAAGGAGAGUCCUUUUUGUAAAAAAAAAAUAAAUGCUUAAAAUUGUUAAACAUUUAAUAGAAAAAAAAGAAGAACAUACAGCAUACAUUAAAAAAAAGUCAAAUAAAAAGCUAAAAAAACAAGUGUCUAAGAAAAAUUAUAUAAAACAAAAUGUAAUUUUUAAAUGUUUCACAAAAUCUUGAAGAAUUCAUUGAGAGAGUGAGAGAGAUAGAAAAGAACAAAACACAAAAAAGAAACAAAAUAUUAAAGAAAAAAAACAUACUAGGAUUUAGAACAAAAAAAAUCUGACAAAUUUCAACGCAACGCGUCAUGAAUUUAUCUUUCGGGGGAAAAUAAUAAUUACAUAAUAUUGUUGUGGAAAGGACGCGGAUCUAUUUACUUACAUGUAAGAAAAGGUCAUUUAUAUUACCAUUAAA